CCGGCUCUCGGCUUUCCAUCCCAUUGUGGCCGCUGCCUCCACCGUCAUACCCAAAACCCUAAUUUUUCAUCUUGUACUCUGUGAACGUAGAUACCCAUAUCCAAUCUUGGUUGUUUUUUGGGUUUUGUAUCAGAAUAAGGUGAUGGAGGCUGCAGUGGGGCAAAAGCACAAGCACCUGGAGUUCGUUUUGGCUUCGGUGUGUGAGCUUUCUGCCUCUGCGGUUCCUUCGUCGGUGCCGGUGGUUGCUCGGUUCUGUGCCGACGGUGGCGUUGCGGAGCUUCGAUUUCACACAGAGUCGGAGUCUGUUGAUGGGUUCAACGUCGAUCUCAGAACUGCUCAGCUAUUCAAGUUAGGGCCUUUGCAAUCAGUUUGUAUUUCUGAAGGUUCCAAUACCAAUAAAGAGAAAUCAUAUUCAAGGGGAGUCACAAUUCAAUUUGGAAAUGUGGAGGAGAGCAAGGACUUCCAUUCUGCAUUUGAACAAUGGAAGAAUGAAGUUGUUCAAGGAACAUGUUUACCAAAUGGAGAAAUUUCAGCUAGCAGAAGCAAAUUUGAUGAUAAAAUAGAGCCAUCUUCUGCAAAAAUGUAUUUCCAUUAUUAUGGGCAAUUGUUACAUCAACAGAACAUGUUGCAGGAUUAUGUGAGAACAGGGACCUACUACGCUGCUGUGAUUGAGAAUCGUGCAGAUUUUACUGGUCGUGUGGUGGUUGAUGUUGGCGCUGGUAGUGGCAUUUUGUCAUUAUUUGCCGCACAGGCUGGUGCAAAGCAUGUAUAUGCUGUGGAAGCAUCUGAAAUGGCAGAUUAUGCCCGCAAACUUAUUGCUGGGAACCCAGCCCUGGCUCAACGGAUCACGGUGAUCAAGGGCAAAGUUGAGGACGUUGAAUUGCCUGAGAAAGCUGAGAUUCUGAUAUCUGAACCAAUGGGUACCUUAUUAGUCAAUGAAAGAAUGUUGGAGUCUUAUGUCAUUGCUAGAGAUCGAUUUCUAGUUCCAAAUGGAAAAAUGUUUCCUACGGUUGGAAGGAUUCAUAUGGCACCUUUCAGUGAUGAAUAUUUAUUUGUUGAAAUUGCAAAUAAGGCUCUGUUUUGGCAGCAACAGAACUAUUAUGGGGUUGAUCUCACACCCCUAUAUGGGUCAGCAUUUCAGGGAUACUUCUCUCAGCCUGUGGUGGAUGCCUUUGAUCCAAGAUUUUUGGUGUCUCCUCCAAUCUGCCACGUGCUUAACUUUACUGAAAUAAAGGAAGAGAGUUUAUAUGAAAUUGACAUUCCGUUAAAAUUCACAGCAUCUGUUGGCACUAGAGUGCAUGGCUUGGCUUGCUGGUUUGACGUAUUGUUUAACGGGAGUACUGUACAACGAUGGCUCACCACUGCCCCUGGUUCACCUACAACCCACUGGUACCAAAUACGUUGUCUUCUCUCUCAGCCAAUUUAUGUUAUGGCUGGACAAGAAAUCACGGGCCGACUGCACAUGAUUGCCCACAAUGCACAGAGUUACACCAUAUAUCUAACAUUGUCAGCUAAAAUGUGGGGUCCUGGGGCUGAACAAGGAGGAAUUAUUCAGACCUCAUCCUGUAAACUAGAUCUCAAAGAACCCUACUAUAGAAUGUCUCAGCCACAACCCUACAUGUUGGCACAGGACCAACAACCACAUCAACUAAUACAAGCACAGGAUAUACAGAUUCAAGGUGAUGAUUUAGAGGAACCGGAGUUGCUGCAGCAACCAUCACAAAGUUGAGGCCCUCGGACUUAAUAAUUAUUUUUCGAUUGAAAUAUGUUCUAUUUUCCAAGACAAUGUUAUAACCUAACAGCCAUGUGUUUGUAACAUAAAUUUUCCAAGCAGGGCUCUGCAUCAGUCAGCUUGGUUCAAUGCCUCAUGUAAAUUAGAUAUAACGUUUUCAUUCGAGAUUUCAUCGUGACUUAUCCCAGUUGAAUAAUCAAAUCCAUAUUAGAUGAAUUCUAAGCUGACUUGUCAGCUAAGAAGAUGAAUGUAUACCAUAUGUAACAGUCUAAUUCGCUAUUAAUAUUGUCUAUUUUGGUUCACUAAACCUCACAAUUUUAA